GCGUGGUGCAGGUGGACGCCGUCGUGACGAUGGAGAACGUCGGCACGCAGGCUCGGAGCAUUCCAGGCCAAGGCGAUAGUCUCGGUAUGCGGGGAGCCCCCCUGCCCGAACCAGACGAGUUCGACGUGCGCGACUACAUCCAAGACUAUGCCGACGCGAAGCGCCUCACGCCUAGUCGCGCCGAGGAGCUGCUUGAGAAGGCUUUGGCGGUCGAGCAGCCCGCGAGGCCUGAUCCCGAUGCAUGCUGCGGCUCCUCGUGCUGCCCGUGCGUCGAAGACCUGUGGCGCGAAGAGGUGGCCGUGUGGAAGGCGGUCCGGGUGAAGAACCAACACGACAUGGCGCAGCAUCUUGUGCGUGCCGCGCGCCGCCGGCUCUCGACGAGCACGCCGCCCAGCCCAGCCUCGACAACCACCCCGCCGCCCCGCGCCGCGUCCCUCCUCCGUUCCCCACCAACAGAGCGCAUCCUCCCCACCGCGCCAGAAUGGACCUACGGCCCCUCGCCCCGCGCCGUGCCGCUGCGCAAGCCCGCCAACUUUGUCCCCGCGGUGCAGCGCUACUCUGCCCUGCUGCCUCCCGACUGCCCCGAGCUCGUCAUCGCGCAGUAUGGCGUGCAAGCGCCAGCGGGCGACGAGGCGGCGCUCGCGACUUCCCCGCUCAUGGCCUGGGUCGAUGCCGCGUUCAAGCUGCCGCACGGACCCAGCACGGCCGACCAUGCGCGCUUUGUCGAUGCGCAGGGCUACACAAACCACGUAGUCACGGGGUACUGGCUGCGUUCGUACGACGACUGGCGAGCCGCGACGGACGGGUGGUGGGCCGCCCCGGACCGGCUGGAGCACGGCGCGCUCGGCGUGUUUCGCGAAGUUGUGCGCGUGCCGCCCGAGCGCUUUGAAAGCAUCUACUGGCUCGACUACCCCGGCGGGCUGAGCGCCGACGCCGGGGUCGAGCUGUAUCCUACCCCGUACUGCGGGUACUACGGGGCGAUGCGCGACCGGCUGGUGGUCAACGACGCGUUGGAGGGCGAGGCAGCGCCGCUUGAGCGGCGGCACGACCGAGGUCAUGGCCGUUGGCGCGUGACCCCGCCACACAACACGGCCGUUAUCCGCACCGCGCACACCUGGUCCGCGAUGGACGAGUCCCAGAAGCUAGACUACGACGCCAAGCUCGCGCCCCCGCUCGCCAGGGGGAUGGGGUACCUCCAGGACCAUCCCGACGCGUGCUUGAGCCUGCGGUGGGCGACGACGACGGACGCGGAGGGGGAGCUCGUGCCGGAGAAGCAUGCCACGGGGUACUUUGCCACGCUGGGCAAGAUGGAGGACUGGAGCGAGGGACACAAGACGCACGCGGCUAUCUUUUCUGCGGCGGUGGGAAGGUACAAGUUUUACGGGGAGAAGAACCAGCUCCGGACGUGGCACGAGGUGUGUGUCCUCCCCGACGACCGCGAGCAGCUGUUCGAGUACAUCGGGUGUCAUGCAGACACUGGCCUGUUGCCGUACUUUGACGCCGAGGGUCACGAGGCAUAG